AUGCCUCGCCCGGGCAGGAACACGUACAGCGACCAGAAGCCGCCCUACUCCUACAUCUCGCUGACGGCCAUGGCCAUCCAGAGCUCGCCGGAGAAGAUGCUGCCCCUGAGCGAGAUCUACAAGUUCAUCAUGGACCGCUUCCCCUACUACCGGGAGAACACGCAGCGCUGGCAGAACUCCCUGCGCCACAACCUCUCCUUCAACGACUGCUUCAUCAAGAUCCCGCGCCGGCCCGACCAGCCGGGCAAGGGCAGCUUCUGGGCGCUGCACCCGAGCUGCGGGGACAUGUUCGAGAACGGCAGCUUCCUGCGGCGCCGCAAGCGCUUCAAGGUGCUCAAGUCCGACCACCUGGCCCCCAGCAAGCCCGCGGACGCCGCCCAGUACCUGCAGCAGCAGGCCAAGCUGCGGCUCAGCGCCCUGGCGGCCGGCGGCCCCCACCUGCCGCAGAUGUCCGGCUACAGCCUGGGGGUGUCCCAGCCCUCCGGCUUCAAGCACCCCUUCGCCAUCGAGAACAUCAUCGCCCGCGAGUACAAGAUGCCGGGCGGACUGGCCUUCUCCGCCAUGCAGCCCAUGCCGGCCGCCUACCCGCUCCCCAACCAGUUGACUACGGUGGGCAGCUCCAUUGGCACCGGCUGGCCCCACAUGUACAGCCCCGGUAUGAUCGACACGGCCACCCCCAUCUCCAUGGCCAGCAGCGAUUACAGCGCCUACGGGGUGCCCCUCAAGCCCCUGUGCCACGGGGGCCAGAAUUUGCCAGCCAUCCCUGUGCCCAUCAAGCCCACCCCGGCGGCGGUGCCGGCUCUGCCGGCCCUGCCAGCGCCCAUCCCCACCCUCCUCUCGAACUCGCCCCCGUCGCUCAGCCCGACCUCUUCCCAGACAGCCACCAGCCAAAGCAGCCCAGCGACGCCCAGCGAGACCCUGACCAGCCCCGCCUCGGCCCUGCACUCGGUUGCGGUGCACUGACACUCCGCGGCUCGCUCCAAACUUUCCUCGGCGUUUGCUUACUCCCCGAGAGGAGAGAAAACUCCCGGCGGGGACACUCGAGGUUUGCUAGUCCUGGGAGCGGUCUUUGCUUUGCCUCUCUGGCGUACCCUGGUUUAGCGGCUCGAGCCCGGGGCGCUUGGGGGUUGCUCCUUAACUUAGUUUUAAACAUGGGAAAAGUGUCUAGUUCCUGCCCCCUCCACGUGUGCAUAAAAUGCCAUUUGCAUCACUAGGUUUCCAAAAGGUACUUAAGGCACC